GUACUAAUCUGUUCUCGUGCGCAUCUUUCCAUUUGCCGUUGUUGGACAAUUCACGACCUGGACGCUUGGACGACAGGUGAUGAUUUGCCGAGGUCCUUCGUCGGCUCCUCCUAGCAUUUAGCAUCCACCCAUAGCAUCAUUAUCACAAGCUUGCAUUCUCCGCUCAUCCACCGCGACAUCAAUCACACCAAAGUCUCACAUUGACUCCACAUCUCCCUUUCCCACACUCCUUUCCCUCACAGCUUCUCUCAUCCACCUCCACACCAGCCGUUGUGUUCUGGACUCGCGAAUCAACCAUCUCCGAGUUGUGACCGUCAUCAACUUCGGAUCUGGAUCAAUCCCCAUCAAGACUUUUACUCGCUUUACUUUCCGGCAACACCAGUCCAACAGAAAUAAUGGUUGCUGACGCUCUCGUAUACCACCCGUCGGUGGCGCAUUACCUCAAGUUCGUCGCGACAACAGUCGGCCGCGAUAAGGUCCUCCGUACCCUUCAAUACUUCUCGCGCUUCCUUGCAUGGUACCUCUACCGCACCAAUCACCCCACCUCGUCCAUCUCUCCCUUUGAGACCACAAAGAAGCAAUUCGGCCUAACCCGCAAACUCAUGCGCGUUGGCAAAUUCGUCGAGCACUUCAAAGCCGCGGCGGUUGCCUCCGACGCCAAAUCCCUCGAUCCCGUUCUACGCUACACUGCCGUGGGCCGCCAGCUCGGGUAUGCCGGCUACAUGCUGUGCGACAACGCCGUUGUCCUCGACGCCACGGGGAUUCGCAAGUUCGCUGCCUCCCAGCGCGUGCUCAAAGAAGGGUACCGCUUCUGGUUUGCGGGUAUCUCGUGCUCGGUCGCGAGUGGGCUGUACGCAUUGUACAAGCUUCGGGAGCGGGGAGUUGCGCUUGCGCAAGAGGAAGGAGAGAAGGGCAAGGCCGAGGGUGUCGUAGAGCGCAAGAAGAUUGAGAAAGAGGCCAAUGCUUUGAGGGUUCAGCUUGUUAGCGAUUUGUGCGAUCUUACCAUCCCUGCGAGUGCUUUGGGCUGGGCCAAUCUGGAUGACGGCGUUGUAGGGCUGGCGGGUACGGUCAGUUCGUUGUUAGGAGUGUAUUCUCAGUGGAAGAAGACAGCGUAG